AGAAUCCCUCCUCUAUGUCCCCUGAGGCGGAACCUUUCUUUCCCGGCCGGAACCUUGUGCAACACGUUCUGUGUUCCCGGCGGGCGACACAGGGCGGACGGGCCUGCAGGGACAGAGCAGAGGCGGUAGGGGAGAGUCGAAGAGGCCGGAACUGAAGCCCUGGGAGCGGGGAGAACGGAGCCAGAGAGCGUCGCCGGGGGGAGAUAUCUGUCUUUCUCUUUUGCCUUAUGGUAAGGCAUUUAUAUUUUGGCCCUUUUGCAGUUCCCCCUUUGUCAGAAAAGGAUGAGCAGAUAACCUGGGAAAUUCCAGCAAGGGCUUGAGAUGUCUGACGCAUCUAUCUCAGGGAGCGAGCCUGAAUUGGACCCAGAAGAUAUGGAGGAGGAAGAAGAAGACGAUGAAGAUGAUGAUGAAGAGGAGGAGGAGGAGGAAGAUGAGGAGGAUAAUGAUGGCGAUGAUGAGGAUGACAAGCAAGAUAUAAAUGAGAAAUCUCAAAAUGCAGCCUUGGGUGAAGACAGCCCUGAGCAAGGAGAAGAAGGAUGGAAGCGCUCAACUACCUCAGGACAGAGCGGCCAAGAAUCAGAUGAGGCAAAGAAAAAGCGCCUACAGAAACCUGCAAACCUGAGAAGAAACAUUCGAAAACUCCUGCGAGAAGAUCAGUUAGAAUCUGUGACCAAGACAGCUCAGCAGGAGGAGUUGGAAAGACGAAAACGACUGGAACAACAGAGGAAGGAUUACCCAUUGCCGCUCACUUUGCCCCCUGUAUCACUAGACUUCCUGCAGGAGGAGAUUGAGCUGAGAGCAGCAGAUGUGUCGCAGCUGGUGAAAAGCCAGGAAAUAAUCUGCCUUGACAGCAGCAGUGGUGAAAGUGAUGAUGAAGGGAAGGUGAAGUCUCAUAGCAUUAAGGAUGAAAUCAUUGAAUUGAGCUCUGGGGAAGAGGACAAUCUACAAAUUUCAGAUAAUGCAGAUUCCACCAAUGAGGUAGAUGGAGAUAUUACCACUGAAAACAGUGGCUCCCAUGUCAAUGAUGCCUUGAAUCAAGCUGAUCAUUUGGGCCGUGUCCUAGUAAACAUUAACCACCCACCAAAUGAGAAGGACAUUUUUCUGGCACCUCAGCUCGCAAGGGCUGUCAAAUCUCACCAGAUUGGUGGCAUUCGCUUCCUGUAUGACAACCUUGUUGAGUCUUUGGAAAGGUUUUCAGGCAGCAGUGGAUUUGGCUGUAUCUUGGCCCACAGUAUGGGUUUGGGGAAAACUCUACAGGUUAUCUCCUUCCUGGAUGUGCUCUUCCAACAUACCUCAGCAAAGACUGUGCUUGCAAUUGUACCGGUCAACACGUUGCAAAACUGGCUUGCUGAAUUCAACAUGUGGCUCCCUCCACCUGAAUCAUUGCCAAAGGAUCAUAACCAGGAACUGGUCCAGCCACGUGCAUUCAAGGUCCACACUAUGAACGACGAGCACAAAACAACAGCAGCGCGAGCCAAAGUAGUUAAUGACUGGGCGACCGAUGGAGGAGUCUUGUUAAUGGGCUAUGAAAUGUACAGGCUCCUCUCUCUGAAAAAAUCAUUUACUGCUGGUAGAAAAAAAAAGAGCAAAAAGGCUGCAGGACCUGUAAUUAUUGAUUUGGAUGAAGAGGAUCGCCAGCAAGAAAUGCUAAAAGGGAUAGAAAAGGCUUUGUCAAGGCCUGGCCCAGAUGUAGUGAUCUGUGAUGAAGGUCAUCGUAUAAAGAAUUGUCAUGCCAGUACAUCUCAGGCCCUGAAGAACAUCCGAUCACGAAGGAGGGUGGUAUUGACAGGCUACCCCUUACAGAACAACCUUAUUGAGUAUUGGUGCAUGGUGGACUUUGUGCGACCUGAUUUUCUUGGUACUAGGCAAGAAUUCAGCAACAUGUUUGAAAGGCCCAUUCUAAAUGGACAGUGUGUGGAUAGCACACCCCAGGACAAGAGACUCAUGCGAUAUCGGAGCCAUGUCUUGCACAGUUUGCUGGAAGGAUUUGUUCAGAGACGUGGACAUACAGUGUUAAAAGCUCAGCUUCCAUUCAAAGAAGAACAUGUUAUCUUGGUGCGUCUGUCUAAAAUUCAGCGAGAUCUGUACACUGAGUUUAUGAACCGGUUUCGAGAUGCAGGAAAUAGUGGCUGGCUAGGUCUAAACCCACUCAAAGCAUUUUGUGUCUGCUGUAAGAUUUGGAAUCAUCCUGAUGUGCUGUAUGAAGCGUUGCAGAAGGAAAAUUUGGCAAAUGAACAGGACUUAGAUGUAGAAGACUUGGGCACUAAUAAUCGCUGCAAUGCACAAAGUGGCAAGAUCAAGGUAGAACCAAACAGCUUGGGGGCCCUCAUGGGAGAGACGGCACACACCAAGCAGCUGCAGGGUAUUGUUUUGAACCCCUCCCACGAAAAAGCCAAUCAGGUUGUUACAUAUGAAUGGGCCAAGGAGAUUCUUUCUGAUUACAUACCGGGCCAGCUGCAGAACUCACCCAAGAUGGUGCUAUUGUUUCACCUGAUUGAGGAGAGCAUGAGAAUGGGUGACAAGAUUCUGGUGUUCAGUCAGAGCCUGUCCACUCUGUCCAUCAUGGAAGAAUUUUUAGCCAAGAGAAAGAUGCCAAUCCCAGCAGGGUCUGAUGGCCAGGAAGGUCAUACAUGGAUUCGAAAUGUUAACUAUUACAGACUGGAUGGCAGCACUUCUGCCUCAGAGCGGGAAAGAUUAAUAAAUCAGUUUAAUGACCCUAGUAAUGAAAAGGUGUGGCUGUUCUUACUCUCCACGCGUGCUGGGUGCCUUGGGGUAAAUCUGAUUGGUGCUAAUCGUGUAGUGGUGUUUGAUGCCUCAUGGAACCCUUGUCAUGAUGCUCAAGCUGUUUGCAGAGUAUACAGAUAUGGGCAAAGGAAACCAUGUUAUAUCUACCGGCUGGUAUCUGACUUCACUCUGGAGAAAAAAAUUUAUGAUCGACAAAUUACCAAACAAGGAAUGUCAGACCGUGUUGUUGAUGAUCUAAACCCUGAAGUUAAUUUUACACGACGGGAGGUAGAGAAUCUGCUGCAUUUUGUAGAAGAGGAGCCAGAUGCCUCACGGCAGCACCUAGAUUCCUCUAGUUUCCAUGAAGCUGUCCUACAGAAAGCCUGCCUCCAGUAUCCUCAUCUUAUCACCAAGGAGCCUUUUCAGCAUGAAUCCCUGCUUUUGGAUCGCAAGGAGCAGAAACUGACACUAGCUGAGAAAAAGGCUGCAAAGCGUGGUUAUGAGGAAGAGAAGAGAGCAUCAGUACCAUAUACACGACCUUCCUACACACAGUACUACCCUGCUCCAGACCACAAUCUGGGUAACAUCCCCGCCUUUAGUCAGAGGCACUGGCGCCCACUCAUGAAGGGAGAUGACAGGCCUGUGGCCAGCGUUCGGCCCCUGCAGUCCACACCCAUUCCUAUGUUACCUAGACAUGUUUCUGUGAAUCACCCUGGAUCUGCAUCUGCUUCUGUUCAUCCAUAUAACUUCCCAGUCAACUAUCUUCAGAGAGCAGGAGUGCUUGUGCAAAAAGUUGUGACCACCACAGAUAUUGUUAUUCCAGGAAUGACAACCUCCACUGACGUGCAAGCACGUAUCAGCGCAGGCGAGAGUAUUCAUGUUAUUCGUGGCACAAAAGGAACCUAUAUCCGUACCAGUGAUGGGCGAAUAUUUGCCAUCAGGGCCAGUGGAAAGCAAAAGAGUGGUGAAGUACGCAGACAGGCAACAUCAGGUGCACAGGGUAGCUCUGCUCCAUAUCUGAGUAACGGAAGACACUCAACCUCCAGUCCCUCACAACAAGACUCUGAGGAUCCUCCUAGGCCCCUCUCACCAGACAGUCCUGAAAUUCUGAAUGAGUUGCAGAAGUAUGCAGAUGCUGCAGCUGCCCGUGGCUCACAUACAGCGCCUCAACUUCAGAAUCUGGGCCUUCAUCACCAAGGAAUUAACCCAGCUCCCAAACUUCAACCAAGAAAGAGGAAGGAUCCCCAAGACCAAUCCAGCCACUGGCCCUCAAAUAAGAGGAAUCCAUACUCACAGCUGAGUUACCCUAACACAGGUGGAUUUGGGGUUACACCUUCCACAAUGAACCAUAACCUAGUCAGGUCUUCAAACCCUGUCUUUAUGGGACCAGGAGGGGGCUCCUCACACUUCCAACUUCCCUCUUUGCUGUCAGACCCACAGACAGGACUGCCACUGGUUCAGGACUCUCUACUGACCCACUCCUCGGGAACUUCCUCUGCCCCUUCUGUCCCUCCACAUUAUCUGUUGCCCCGUGGCUUCCCUCUUCCUUUUUCACAGUCUCUGCUCCCUCAGACCCGAAUGUUUGCUCCCUAUCCUUCUCAAAUUCUCAAUCGGGGACUCCCCACUAACAACCCAGCUUCGACUUUUCCUGGCUACCUCUCCUCUCACUCUAACUACCAGGCUUCUCCUGGGACUUCAUCCCGACCGCUCCCAUCAGGGGAGACAGAGCUAGGUUCUUGUGAGGAGGAUGGGCGGGAUGAUGAUGUGGUGGAGGUGACAGGGGAGUGAAGUGGUAAGCUUGGGUGCAGGAAACCAUCAGCCACAUGUCAUUCCACAUUUAAAGGACAGUGAAGUGGUGUGCCCUGAGCUCAUCAGAUCUUUCGAAUUCUACCUACUCAACUUUAAGUGGCAGUUAAUGAACAUUCCUGCCAUCUCCUGAACUCCCUAUCAAACAAUAUGAAUGUUACUUAAGAUUGGUCUUGUCUGUCUGAUCCCAUGCAGGAAGAGGACCUAUCUCUGUCCCACUUCUUAUCACCGUCUACCAGCUUGUGGAAAGUGUAGGAUUAUGGUAGUUCUUUUGGGUUAAAGUACCCAUACCACUGUGCAGCUGUCAGCAGCCUUGGCUCCCAGUGCGCAUAGCCUUAGUGUAAUUACAAAAAACUGUGAAGGUUACACUAUAGUUUCUGGGAAUUAAACUCUCAUCUAAUGGGUGUCCAGAUUUAGAAGGAUCACCGAAUUGCCAUUCUUUAAUUUUUGACCCCCCUAAUGCUGCUAUUUGUUGUUAGUAAAAUAAGUACAGUUUUUUUCACAUUCAGCAGUGAAAAGGUUAAUGGACAUGGACUUUUCUGUUUCAUAUAGAUAUUUUUAAUUGUCCUGAUCAAUUGUAGAUGCAAACGUAUGCCUCGUUUAUGGUUUUUUUUUUGUUUUUUUUAAUCCCCUUUUAAGACGUAAUAUACAUUAGGGAAACAUGCAUCCAGGUUUUUAGGCAGGAGCAAAAAACCAUUUACUAACAACACUGCAAACACACACACACAUCGGCAUCAUUAGCACAAUUGAAUUGGGAAACUCUUUACCAUGUUUUUGUGUGGUCCUCCCUGCCAUUGACUUGGAAAUCUGUCCUUGCAGCCCUUCUUCAGUGAAAAUUAUCAUAUCCACACCAGAUAUGGAGUGAAGUGGAGAGGUGGUUUCUAGACACUUUCUCUUGGCUCUUCACAAGGACAUUUUUGACAGUUACAGAACUGUGUUAUUGUGAGGCAAAAAAUAUACUUGUGUCCCUGUUUGUUGGGAAGCUUUUGGGCUUGAAGUAUCAAAGCUCAGCUGAACCAUGAUCAUACUUACAUAAAUAUGAUUGAUUUGUCUAUAAAUUUUCCAAUAUUCACUGUCAAAGUAAUUUUGCAUGUAAGGCAGUAGCUUAAAGCAUUAAACGUUACUAAAGACACACUGACUUUCCAUAUUCUCCAGGAAAUAGUCAAAUAAUUGUUCUUUGCUGAGCAUCACAUUGCAGAGUUAUAUGGCACUGAAACAUAGAAUGAAAGAACACUAAAUCGUUUAAUGCUGCCUUAUUAACUACAUAAUCAAUUGGAAUGGGACCGGUCUUGAGCAGCUUGUAUAGCAGGAAUUUCCAACAUGCUGCCCUUGGCUAUCAGGGGAUGUAGGGAUUUUAGUUUAAGAACAGUUUAAAGGCCAAAGGUUUGAACAUACUCCUUCAAUGUACAAUCCACUCUGGAUUAGAUGCACCAUCAUUCUGGUGGACAGGAGGUAAUGGAACACAAAUGAAGGUCUUUCCAAAACACUGGCUUUCAUUUACAAACUGACACAUUUAUAUUUUAGCUAAGCACUUGGUACCACCUGUCUGUUUCAGAUAUGUGCUUCACUAUUCACUGGCUUAAAGCAAACACAGGCCUUACAGCAAUUUAUGAAUGAUCUCCAUUGUGGUGCUCAAGUAUUCUCCACCUCUGAAUAGUGACAGGAGUGUAUCACACAUUGCCUAUUGAGCUCUUUAGUAGUUCUACUAACUUCUAACUUUUGAUGUUUCCCAGCUGAAAGCUCCAGUGGUCCCUCAUGUGGCUUGGCAGCUUGGCUAAAGGUGGGAUACCUAAAGUAACAGUUCACAAUCACUGGAAAACCCCAACCGCAGUGUUGAACAGGUUUAACCUUGCUGCUGGGUUUGAUGUGCUUCAAACAUUCUGCUUACAAACCUCACUUCUGUAGGGGGAUAACAGAAGCUAGGCUAGGGUUUAGGUGCCUACUCUUGCUAAAUGGGUUUAAAAGACAAAUCAUACACACUUAUCCCUCCACCAUCCUAUUCUGCUGAUAUAAUUUUAAUUAAAACCAAAUCUCUCUGGGUUUUAAUACAGGGGGUCUAGCACAAACCUGCCCAGCUUUAUGUGUCAUUGUAAGACUGUUGGGAUUGCAUUACCAGCCAGAGGCUCUUCUGGGGGCGGCAAGACGGUUCUGAAUUACGAGGCUGAUCACCUGUUUGUUUAUAAAUAUCCUAUUUAUUUCUACUUUUUUGUGUCCUAUGUCAUUUUUUUUUUUUUUUUUAAAACAUAUGUAUUGAAAAAGAAAAAAAAAAAAAGACCAUUUACUCAAGGCUGUCAUGUUGAAGCUGAAUGACUACCUGCCUUUUUCAUGUUUGUAAAAUACAUCCUAAAUUAGAGAGGCAGCAACUUUAGGGCUGCCUUCAUUUGGGUUUAUGGAACGAAGAAUAAAAGUAGUAAUGUAUAUAAAUCUUCACGUGUAUGUAAUCCUGAGGUCAUCAGAGCAGUAAUGUUUUUUUGGAAACCUAAGGACUACUGAAGCAGCAACUAUCAUUGCUUAUUUUAAUCCUAUUAAUAUUACACCCAGCUUUAAAAAAAAAAAAAUGCAGUGAGGUUUUGUUUCAUAAUUGUGCCAGUUUGUAUAAAGUUCUAUGUUUUUCACUGCUGUGCUAAUUUUUGUUUUGUUUACUACUAUUAUUCCAAAAUGUUAAAUAAAUCCCUAGAACCUUUUUCUUAAUA